UUGGGAGCUGCGGCGCGCGCUCCCAGGGGCUGCUGCAGCGCGAGGGGCGCCGCCGCGUCGGCCGCGAGGGCACCAGAAGGAGCGACAUGGACUCCCGCCCGGCGCCGCUGCCUCGCGCCACCCCCUGGCGCUCCCUGCCUUGCCCGCGCGCCGAACUCCGCCUAGACCUGGUGCUCAGCGGCGGGCAAACCUUCCGGUGGUCUGAAACCAAUCCUGGCUACUGGACUGGCGUGCUUGCAGGACGGGUGUGGACCCUCACACAGUCAGAGGAACAUCUCUGGUACACGCUACAUGAAGAGGAGAAGGAGGAGGACAGGAGAGAAGAAGACAUUCUCUCCGAGCCACCGCUGAAGAAAGGCAGGAGGCAUCAGCAGCUCGACACCAGCCGGGCAGGCCUGAGUGGACACUCUGGCAGAGAGCAGAUCCGGGGGGUGGAUGGCUUAGAGCCAUCACAGAUCCUCCGCGACUAUUUCCAGCUACAUAUCAGCUUAGCUGCACUGUACCAGGGUUGGUCCUACACAGAUGCCCACUUCCGGAAUGUUGCGGUCAAGUUUCCUGGGGUGCGGGUGCUGCGACAGGACCCCGUGGAGUGCCUCUUCUCUUUCAUUUGCACUUCCAACAACCACCUUUCGCGCAUCACCAACAUGAUCCAGCACCUGUGCCAGGCCUUUGGGCGUCGCCUUUGUCAGCUGGACACCAAGACAUACCACGCUUUCCCCUCCCUGCAGGCAAUGGCAGGGGCAGAUGCAGAAGCCCGGCUGCGGGAGUUAGGUUUUGGGUAUCGGGCACGGUUUGUUAGCGAGAGUGCCCGCGCUGUUUUGAAGACCCUUGGUGGUGCUGCAGGCCUGCAGCACUUGCGCACGGUUCCUUAUGAGCAAGCUCGUCAUGCCUUGUGUACCCUGCCUGGCGUGGGAGCCAAGGUGGCUGACUGUGUCUGUCUCAUGGCACUGGACAAGGCUGAGGCGGUCCCCGUGGAUACCCAUAUCUGGCAGGUAGCCAAGCGGUACUACGGCCAAGAGCUGGGCAUGGGGGCUCGCAGUGUGACGGAACGUGUGCAUCGAGAGAUUGGGAACUUCUUCCGGAGCCUGUGGGGACCAUAUGCUGGCUGGGCCCAGGCGGUCCUUUUUUGCGCUGAUCUCAGAAAAUAUGAGUCUCCGGAUUCAGAUGCCAAAUCCCAGUGUGCCAAACUCACCAAGGGCAGCCCCUCUAUCCUGACAUAGUAACCUCCCUUGUAACCCCUGUAGAGUUUGCAAGUCUGAUCAGGCAAGUGGUAUACUCUGCGGAACUGGUGCCCACUAGAAAACAGGGCCCUAUUUUAACGAAGAGGGUUGCCGUGGAGCUAUCCCUUAAAACUCUAUGGUUUUUUCCCUCCACCAGGGGGCGUUUGUGGCAUGAACUUGAUGUGUAGCAGAAAAAUAGGUUGUUUUUACUGUCGUCUGUCAUUUUGCUUUGGCCUUGUGGGGUGCAGUGCUGGUGUGGCAGUUUGCUUGGAGGCUCAUUCCAUCUUUGUCAAAACCAUGGCCAUGGCUAGGCCUUAGCUGGAAUAAGGACUGCGAGCAGUUCCCCUGCUACAAAAAAGCCGUACUUCUACGCAAAGUGAUAUGAUGUAGAAUGAGUGCCCAACAGAAACGGCUAGGCAUGCUUGGGCUUCAUGGAAUAUUGCAUUCAAAUGUCUGGGCCAGGGAUGGCUGGCAGGCCUCCUGUAGGCCCGUAAGGGAUUUCAUUUGACUCCUGCUGGGCCUUGUGAGAAUUCAGUCAAAUUAUAGUUAAAGAAUUGUACCCCAUUUUUUCUUGUAAACAAACGUGUGUUUUCAGACUUAUAUGUUCUACAUUUUAGAUACAACUCUCUCUGUGUAUGUAAAUGUAUAUUAAUGUUUACACGUGUGCGCCAAGGGUUCUGCAAAGAUGGCACCAACUGUUAUUAUGGAACAGACAGAUUGUGAAGUGUCAGUAAAAUAGAAGAGUCCAGUAGGACCUUUAAGACGAACCAACUUUACUGUAGCAUAAGUUGGUUCGUCUUAAAAGGUGCUGCUGGACUCUUUUCUAUUUUGCUAAUACAGACUAACACGGCUAACUCCUCUGGAACUAUGAAGUGUCAGUAUGUGUGGCAGACUAUGCUUUCAUGACAGUGGGAUGCUGCCUAGGGAAUUCAGGGGGCUGAGGAGAAAAGUUAGCCAUUCUUGUUCUUGGCCAUGUUGUAUAUUUCUGCCCUCUGAAUACUUCUGAUGUGGGUCUCAAUCCAGCUUAAGUUGAUAAUGACUAAAGUGCUUGGAAAAUGAUGGAACUGACUUAUUGUGUGACUGUUGUGACUGACCCAUUGUUUUCUGUGCGACUUUUUCAUGACUAGCUUUAAUAACAUACUUUGUAAACCGCUCUGAGUGUAUGUUAAGUUGCCCUGAAGUGUGAUAUAUAAAUCAAAGAUUAUUAUUUAGCUGCUUAUAGCCAAUGUGCUUUGCUGGUGGGUUAGCACUCUGGCAACCAGGGCUUUUUUUCAGCAGGAACGCAGUGGAACGGAG